AUGGCCUCGAUUGCUGCCGUACGGGAGAACAACUCCGAGAUUUCUCGUCUCUACGGGUCAAAUUUGGUCGCAGUCUUUGUCGGUGGCACGAGUGGUAUAGGGGAAUCGACGGCUCGCGCCUUCAUACGCAACACGAAUGCCUCCCGUGCGUACCUGGUCGGGCGAGACCAGGCAAGGGCAACGCGCAUGAUCGAAGAACUGCGCCAGAUCAGACCGGACUCCCAGAUCACUUUCCUCAAGGCAGACGUGUCGCUGUUACGGGAGGUAGAUGAUGCAUGCAGUGCUAUUCAACAGAAAGAGGAUAAAUUGAAUCUACUGUUUCUGAGUCCGGGCACAGGGACGAUGAAAGGCCGGACCGAAACCGACGAAGGCCUCGAUAGAAAGCUCACUCUUCACUAUUAUGCGCGGAUGCGAUUUGUGGCGAACCUCCUACCGCAGCUUCUGAAGGGUGAGGACGGAACAAAUGAACAACAACCAACUAUGGGAUGUGUGCCACGGUUAUCGCGUGUGGUCUCGGUUCUUGAAGCUGGCGGCGAAGCGGCUCUCCAUCUCGAGGAUCUUUCUCUGGAAACCCAUUAUUCCCUCCGCAAUUGCGCAAAACAUGCCAUCACCAUGAACUCUGUCUCAAUGGAGCACCUGGCUGCUUCAUACCCCCAGGUCUCAUUCAUCCAUUCUUUCCCAGGGAUUGUUCGAACACGCCUGGACCGAGACCUCGGUACUCUCGCCAAACAUGCGAUCAGCGCUUUGAUGGUCCUCGCCAAACCCUGGGAAAUUACAUUGGAAGAAAGUGGAGAAAGGCAUCUAUAUGCAGCGACAAGCCCUCGGUUUCCACCAAAGAUAUGCAAGGAUCGGAAAUAUGACACUGCUGAAGGUUCGGAUGGUUACCCUGGUACUGGGUUUUACCGACUGAGUUCAAACGGGUCUACCUAUAAACCCAGUAACGUCAUGCAGCUUUAUCGUGCGGAAGGGGUGAACAGCUUGAUCUGGAAACAUACACUCGAUGUCUUCGCGAAAGUCCGUGGCGGACCGGUAAAUAACCCAUGA